AUGCUGUCAUGGAGCACUGUGACGAAUCUGCUGGUGCUGCCAACUGGUAGUGCUGGAUCUGAAUUGCUGAUGCGGCUGGAAAGCACUGCCUGUGAAUCAAGGAAAGCACACGAGACCCAACAUGAUUCAAGGAAAGCACACGAGACCCAACAUGAUUCAAGGAAAGCACACGAGACCCAACAUGAUUCAAGGAAAGCACACGAGACCCAACAUGAUUCAAGGAAAGCACACGAGACCCAACAUGAUUCAAGGAAAUCACACGAGACCCAACAUGAUUCAAGGAAAGCACACGACACUCAACAUGAUUCAAGGAAAGCACACGAGACCCGACAUGAUUCAAGGAAAGCACACGAGACCCAACAUGAUUCAAGGAAAGCACACGAGACCCAACGUGAUUCAAGGAAAGCACACGAGACCCAACAUGAUUCAAGGAAAGCACACGAGACCCAACAUGAUUCAAGGAAAGCACACGAGACCCAACAUGAUUCAAGGAAAGCACACGAGAUCCAACAUGAUUCAAGGAAAGCACACGAGACCCAACGUGAUUCAAGGAAAGUGCACGAGACCCAACAUGAUUCAAGGAAAGCACACGAGACCCAACAUGAUUCAAGGAAAGCACACGAGACCCAACAUGAUUCAAGGAAAGCACAUGACACCCAACAUGAUUCAAGGAAAGCACACGAGACCCAACAUGAUUCAAGGAAAGCACACGAGACCCAACAUGAUUCAAGGAAAGCACACGAGACCCAACGUGAUUCAAGGAAAGCACACGAGACCCAACAUGAUUCAAGAAAAGCACACGAGACCCAACGUGAUUCAAGGAAAGCACACGAGACCCGACAUGAUUCAAGGAAAGCACACGAGACCCAACGUGAUUCAAGGAAAGCACACGAGACCCAACAUGAUUCAAGGAAAGCACACGAGACCCAACAUGAUUCAAGGAAAGCACACGAGACCCAACGUGAUUCAAGGAAAGCACACGAGACCCAACGUGAUUCAAGGAAAGCACACGAGACCCAACAUGAUUCAAGGAAAGCACACGAGACCCAACAUGAUUCAAGGAAAGCACACGAGACCCAACAUGAUUCAAGGAAAGCACACGAGACCCAACGUGAUUCAAGGAAAGCACACGAGACCCAACAUGAUUCAAGGAAAGCACACGAGACCCAACGUGAUUCAAGGAAAGCACACGAGACCCAACAUGAUUCAAGGAAAGCACACGAGACCCAACAUGAUUCAAGGAAAGCACACGAGACCCAACAUGAUUCAAGGAACAUAGUGCUCACCUCAACAGACGUCCUGCAUAACUCCAUGAAGCUAAAAUUUGGGAAUUUUGGCUCAUACAGAUGGAGAUGGCUAGGAGGACGCUGCCCAAAUGUGGGUAACACCGGGACGCUGUGUGGAGGUAGGUAA